GGAGUCUUUUCAGGAGCUCUAAAGGCAGUCAGCUGAACUACACAGGAAGAAGAUACUUGGCCUCUUGUGAAAUAAUCUGUGAUGGUCUCUACUGUCACAUGCAGCAAGAUGGCUUUACGGGAGUGCAACGGAGUGAAAGUCCGUCCCAUGAGACUUGACCAUCGUAGAAACUCCAUCCCCCCAGCACAGUUUCUCACAGCCAAGCACCUGCUUGCAUAUCUUCCCCGGCCAGCUCCGGAAUCGACCCUUUACAGUCCAUACCCAAAGGUUGGAAGUAAAUCAGCAGUGGCAUCAGCAGUGCUGAACUCUCAAAAGGCCUCUUUACCCCAAAGUAAGAGCUUUGAGUUUCAGGCCUUGGUGCCAGUCCCAGGACGUCAACUGACCUUUUCUCAAGUACAUAAUCAUCAUCAUCAGGCUCCUGGCGGCCAAGAGCAGAGCAUUUGCAUGUACAUCCGUCCCACAGGUCAGGAUGAGGCCAUAGAGGAGCCCCUGAAGACCCACCGUGUUCGCCGCAGUCGCCGACUUAAGCGUCUAAGUUCCAAGUGGCGCUCAAAUUCCAGCAGCAGUGACCACUGUCCAGUACAGGUCCCUGUGGAAAUUUCUCGUGAGAUGUUCCGAAAGCAACGGUGCAAGCUCUUGGGUGAAGAGCAGCAAGUUUGCCUUACUACAGGCAAGCAAAGACAGCGCUACAUUACAAAGGAUGGCAAAUGCAGAGUCAACCUUGGGCCCAUCGAAGACAAAUGCAAAUUCCUGUCUGAUAUCUUCACCACUCUGGUUGAUCUGAGGUACCGUUGGUUCCUGUUCGUCUUCACCAUGUGCUACAUUGGCACUUGGGUAGUCUUUGCUGAAAUCUAUUUCCUGGAUGCUUGGCUGAGAGAUGACGUGAACCAUGUGAAUGACCCAAACUGGCAGCGCUGCUUUGAAAAUGUUGACAGCUUUCUGUCGGCCCUGCUCCUGUCUGUGGAGAGCCAGAGGACCAUUGGCUAUGGUUCUAGAAUGGUGACAGCCAAUUGCAUCGAAGGCGCAGUUCUCAUUAUGGCCCAGUCUAUAAUUGGCUCCAUCAUUGACGCUCUCAUGGUUGGGUGCAUGUUCGUGAAGAUAUCCAGGCCACAGAAGAGAGCCCAGACUCUGAUCUUCAGCAAGCACUGUGUCAUAUCCGAGCGAGAUGAGAAUCUUUGCUUGCUCUUCCGCAUUGGAGACCUCAGAGAGAGCCACAUGGUUGAUGCCAAGAUCAGAGCAAAACUGAUCAAAUCCAGACAAACUAAAGAGGGGGAGUUCAUUCCUCUGGAGCAAUCUGAGAUCAACUUGGGGUAUGACACUGGAGGAGACCGACUUCUGCUGGUGGAGCCUCAAACUAUUACUCAUGUAAUUAACGAAAGCAGCCCCUUCUGGGAGAUAGGAGCUGAGUCUUUGAAGAGGGACAAGUUUGAGAUCAUUGUCAUCCUCGAAGGAAUAGUCGAAGCAUCAGGUAUGACUUGCCAGGCAAGGACGUCUUACACAGAGGAUGAGAUUCUUUGGGGUCAUCGCUUUGAGUCCUGCAUUUCUUUAGAGAAAGGGGCUUUUCGUGUGGACUACAGCGCAUUUGACAAGACAUUUGAAGUGCAGACAUCCUCUGAAAGUGCUAAAGAAAAGACUGAAAGAAAGGAGAGAGAGAUCGACCUCUAGUUACACUCACUCUUAAAA